UAUCGCAUUAUCCAUAACUUUUUUUACGAGGCUUGAAGUUAAAUGGGCUUGUGGAGUUUUUUAAUAACAUCUAUUCAUUGAAUUUAAUUGCAGUGUCUGACACACAAAGAGAUCUCGAGUCCGAUUAAAGUAAGACAAACAUUUAUGAGAAGAAAGAAUAACUUUUUGCACGGAUCAUCAAACUAAAAAAAGUAAAAGAGAUAUGGAUAGGCAAUCAGCAGUAGACUUGGCCAAGCCAUUCGCCAAGAAUCUGGCCCUCUAUGGCACAGCGACGAAACGAAUCUUAAAGGAGCUAGACGAAAUCUCGAGGGAUCCACCACCGAACUGCAGUGCAGGCCCAAAGGAAAACAACCUCUUCCAGUGGGCCUCCACCAUCAUUGGACCCGCGGGAUCCGUCUACGAGGGCGGAGUCUUCUACUUGGACGUACUGUUUCCGGUCAACUAUCCCUUCAAGCCGCCGAAGGUGAAAUUUCGCACUCCCAUUUACCACUGCAAUGUCCACAAGGUGGGUCAUAUCUGCCUGGACAUUUUGAAGGAGAACUGGUCGCCAGCCCUGACAAUUUCCAAGUUGCUGCUCUCCAUCUGUUCCCUACUCACGGAUUGCAAUCCAGCCGACCCGCUAAUGCCGGACAUUGCCAAGCAAUAUCUGAAGAAUCGUGCUGAACAUGAUGAAACUGCUCGUCUCUGGACGAAACGGUUCGCAACUGAUGGCUAAAUUCUGUAACUCCAAAUGAUGAACAAACCAAAAACUCAAUGACAGAAACGAAAAUAUAUAUUUUAUUUCGCAGUUGCGUUAAAUACUAAAGACGA